AUUAGUGCUCUUUAUCAUACUAUUCACAAUUUCUUAAUAAAAUCAGAUGUUAGCAUUGUUGGCUUGGUGUUGACCUCGUUGAAUUCUGAUUCAAAAUUACAGUUGAAGACGGUGUUCUCUUCGUUCAAGGAUGUUAAAGUCAUUCAAUUCUCUUCUAUGCAAGAUGCUUUUCAUGGUUUCACAGACAAGACGAGAGAGGAGAAAUUCAGGAAUCGUGUAAAGCGGUAUGUAGGUAUAUGGUGCUGUGUAGACUACCACAUUCCUGGACACAUAUACUACGACAUGUAUUGGGAAGAAAAACCAGGUUGGAAACCUGUUCCACCUCAAACCCCAGAGGAUGAUCAUCUGCCUUUGUGAAGCCCUCACUUCACCAUUCACCAAAAUGUAGCCGAGUUUCGGUCUCGGGAAAUAGAAAAAGAAAGAGCGAGAGAGAGAGAUCUGUUCAAAGCUGCUAUCGCUCCCUACAGUCUUCCAGAACCAAGAAUGUUGUAUUCAUAGGUUAAAGAUGGGAUGAGGCUUGUGUUAGUAUCAGUAUUAGCAGUAGUGUUCAGACUGGAUAAUAGAUGUUCGGAGUCUGAAAUUUGAAAUAGUGAAGGGCUGAUGUGUUGUUCACCCCAUUGAUGAUAAAUUUUAUAAAUUUAACUUUUUUCAGCUGUAAUU